AUGAAGGGAAGGGGGAAGUGGGGAAGGGGGGAGGCAAGGGGGAAUGGUGGAGGGGAAUGGGGAAGGAACGGGAGGGGGAGUAGCGCAGAGGCCGUGCGGCGAGUCAUGAGGGACGCUCUGGCGGAAGGGGGAAAAGGGGAGGCGAGGGGGUUGGAGAGGGGGAAAGGGUGGGAGGGAGGAGGGAGGGAUGGAGGGGGAAGGGGUUGUAGCGCAGCGGCUGUCCGCGCGAAUCUCAAGGGAGCGACGAUCCUAUUGGUCAACGGCACCAUCCCCGUCUCCUUCGCCGCACUCUCCGCGCCCCUCGCGCUCGGCGGCUACUCCCUCACCAUAGCCGCAGGCUCGCUCUCCUCCCCCUCCCCCACGCCCCCCGGUAAAAUCACAUCCAAGCCUCUUAUCAACUGCAAGAACGGGCCCUGCUUGAGCGCCGUUUGUGCCUCUAACGGAGGUGCUGCCGCUGGUGGUGCCGCUCCUGCUGUGCCGUGCGCGCAGGCGAGUGUGACUAUACAGGGGGUCGCUGUGAUGAGCGGGCUGAACAGGCAGGCCGGAGGGGGGUGCUUGGAAGCGGCGAACCAGAAGGUGACUCUAACGAGCGUGGAUUUCGCGAGCUGCAUCGCGUACCUCAACGGCGGCGCGGUCUCCAUCUCGUCCUCCAAAGAUGUGACUAUGGCGGGCGUGACUGUGUUCGACUCAAAGGUCACCCAAGGAGGCAUCGAUGGUGGUGGUGGCGGCAUUGCCAUUUUCUCGUCCAAGGCAACACUCUCGGGUCUUGACAUUCAGUCAUGCCACGCGGACGAGAGCGUGGGGGGCGGAAUCGCCAUCUACUCUACCACGCUCUCCCUCUCCUCCUCCUCCAUCUCCGAAUGCUCCUCUCGCUUCCUUGGCGGCGGAAUCGCCUCCUCCUCCUCCACCGUCACACUCAAAUCCGUCCAAAUCACCAGCACCAAUGGCAGCUCCGGGGGGUGCUUAUCUGACGCCUCCUCUCCCUCUCUUUCUGUCCAAUCCUCCACUUUCUUCGGGUGUUUCGCUGCAUCGGCCCGCGAUUAUGCCCCUUAUAGCGAAGACCCGUCGUAUGCUUGGAUGGUGUUAGUGGUGAUGACGGAGGGGCUUAAAGCCCAGGGAGGGGGCAUCAGCACGAACGUGUAUAACAAGCUGGACGUGACGUUUGAGCUGUCCAACUCCACCGUCAGCAACAACUGGGGCCUUAAAGCCCAGGGAGGCGGUAUCAGCACGAACGUGUACGUCAAGACGGUCGUGACGUUUGAGCUCUCCAACUCCACCGUCAGCAAUGAUGGUUAUGGUGUGGUGAUUGCGGCGGUGGCGUUUGUGCCCCCUCUGCCUUUUCCUCACCCCCCCACUUGCCUUUCCCCUUUCCCCCCCUUUCCCCUCCUCUCUUCGGAUCCCCAGGCGUACAUGGGCGGGGGGCUCUACAUCGCAUCGCCUGCAGCCACCAUCACCAACGUCACCUUUGGCUACAACUAUGCCGUUGCUUCAGGAGGCGGAGCAUGCAGUCCACUGGCUGGAUGGAGGCAGGAUGGCGAAGAGCAGAGUGGAGGGCAACGUGGGGGACACGGGGUGGGGGGGAUGAGACCUGCUGCACUCCGCGCAACCCCUCUGAACCGCAUUCCCUCUCUUUGCACUCCUCAACCCCCCUCCCUCCCCUGCGCAGUCUACUGGCUGGAUGGCGGCAGCAUGGCAAAGAGCAGAGUGGAGAGCAACGUGGGGGACAUGGGAGGGGGCGGCAUGGCAGUCAACACUAUUAACCCCAUCACUGUGGACGACUGUGACUUUGUUGCUAACGAGGCUACUACUGGGGAGGGCGGAGGCGUGCUUAUAACGGAGGGGCAAGAGACCGACGUGACAAUCAGCAACAGCAGGUUCUCUCAGAACAAGGCCAUGGCAGCACGAGGAGGGGGGGUGUUCCACAGCGGGACCGCCCUCUCCCUCCUCUCCACCUCCUUCCAAAGCAACUCCGCUGCUAAGGGCGGCGCACUCGCCAUCGGGCAAGCCACAGACGUGACAAUCAGCAACAGCAGGUUCUCUCAGAACAAGGCCAUGGCAGCACGAGGAGGGGGGGUGUUCCACAGCGGGACCGCCCUCUCCCUCCUCUCCACCUCCUUCCAAAGCAACUCUGCUGCUAAGGGCGGCGCACUCGCCAUUGUCGCCAUUCCCACUGCCACUGCCACCGCCACUGCUGCUGGGUUUUCCGACUUGGCCUAUCCCUUCUCGCCUUCUAUCCGCAUGGCUGCUGCCUUUGCGGCUGCUGUCACCUCCUCCAUUGAAUCUGCUAGCCUGACCACCAAAGGCCUCACUGCUAGGAUCCUUGCUGCUGCUUCUCCUUCUGCUCCUGCUGCUGCCGGUGUAGCUGGGAAUGUUACCACCGGCCAAGGCGGUAACAGCACGGCAGCUGGAGCAAUAGCAGCAGGAGGGGCAGCAACUGGAGUGGCGAGCCCUAUGGGCGACGGUGGGGCGCUCCACGUCACCGACUCCGCCAUCCUCGUUGUAAACAGCUCCACUCUAGCCGGCAACACCGGGAGCAGCGGCGGCGCGAUCUUCUCCGACUCCCUCGCGACCGUCACGAUCAACGGCUGCGAUUUCACCUCAAACGCUGCCAGCAAGGGAGCGGGAGCCCUAGCCACAGGCAACUCGUCCCUCUCCGUCUUCCUCUCUAACUUCACCUCGAAUGCAGCGUCGUUUGGCGGAGGCGGGCUGUUUUACGAGGGAAACUCGCAGGGAAGCAUCCUGAACUGCUCGUUUGUGGGGAACGAUGCCAAGAAGGGCGGUGCGGCUGUCCAGGGCGUGGCGUUCUUUGACACGUCCUUCUGGCCGGGCGUGCGCAUCACGUGUGCUGACGCUGAUAGUAGCAACCGGGACACCAUCGGCACUCCUCCAACGUCCUUCUCGCUCAUGUAUGUGCCCUGGUGGGAGAAAAAUGUGCUGGAAGGGGGAAACGGCAGCGAUGCCUCUGUCCCGUUCACAGUGAUGGGCGACACGCAGACGCCCAUCGCCAACAUCACCGUCACCAUCCUGGACGCCUACGGCAACGUUGCCACCGACGAUUUCUCCUCCAUCAUCGCCAUCCAGCCCGAUCCUCGCAUCUCCGGCCUCCUCCGCGCCACUGCUCUCCGCGGCCGGGCGGUCCUGCCGCCCGUUUCCCUCGUCCUGACGCCGGAAGACGCCGCGAAUUUCACCCUCCCAAUCACCGUCAGCAGCCCGACGGACGCGUAUCCUCCAAUCACCCGCGAGCUUGAAUUCGGGUUGUGCGAUCCGGGGAGUUAUUUCUCCCUGGAUGAUCUGGCUUGCCUGCCUUGCGAGGUGGGGUUCAUGUGCCCUGCGGGGCAAGGGUCAGUGAUGUGCGAGGAUGGGACGUUCAGCUUUCUUCCGGCUGCCAGCGAGUGCGUGACGUGUGCGGAGACAAUCACUAUUCAUGGGGAUAAUGCUAUGGAUUGCACCAAUGGCACCUGCACGAUCGCUGGGGAUUUCUGGCUGAACCCGAAUAGCGUUUACACGGACAACCCCGCGGUAUUCUACUGCGACGUCGGCUUCCAGUCUGAAUAUGCCCACAACUCAUUCUUCCUCCUCACAUGUUCUCUCCCCCCCCCCUCCUCUGGCCCCCCCUCCUCUGCCCCCCCUCCUCUGGCCCCCCCUCCUCUACCCCCCCCUCCUCUAGCCCCCCCUCCUCUGCCUCCCCCUCCUCUGCCCCCCCCUCCUCUGCCCCCCCUCCUCUGCCGCCCCCUCUUUUCCGCCCCUUUGCCACUCCCUCCACUUCCAUACCUCCCCUUCCACUGCCCUCCCCCCCCCCUCCCCCCCAUCCCAGACGGCUGUGCGGGCUACGAGUAUACAUCCCUCAACGACUCGCAGUGUGCAGAGGGCUACAACCAGAACCGCCUCUGCUCCACCUGCUGCUCCCAGCCUCAUGCCCUGUACUCCUUCUCCUCUUCUCCCCCACUCCCAACCCUUCCUUCCCCCACCAGACGGCUGUGCGGGCUACGAGUACACAUCCCCCAACGACUCGCAGUGCGGGGAGGGGUACAACCAGAACCGCCUCUGCUCCAUGUGCGCCCCUGGCUACUACUCGGUCAUCGGCACGUGCUACCAGUGCACCUCCUGGAUGGAAACGGUGAGUCAAUGCGAUUCCUUCUUGCUUUGCUCCCCUCCUCUGCUUCCCCUGCUCUUCUCCCCCUGCUCUUCUCUCCCUCUACUCCUCCCCCUGCGCCCCCGGCUACUACUCAGUCAUUGGCACGUGCUAUCAGUGCACCUCCUGGAUGGAAACAUGCUGCCCUCUUCGCUCUGCUCGCCCCUGGCCACUACUCGGUCAUUGGCACGUGCUACCAGUGCACAUCCUGGAUGGAGACGCUCUUCUGGUUCUUCUUCGUGCUCGUGAUCCUGCUGUGGGUGGCGACGGCUGUCUUUUCUGACCGCUUCCACUCGGUGUCAAUGAUGAACAGUGAGCUGCAGAUCCUGGCAGUGCUGGGGUCCGUGGAUCUGCAGUUCCCCGACUGGGCCCGGAAGGUGGUCGAGCUUUCAACUCUCAGCCUUGAGCUGCAGAUUCUGGCAGUGCUGGGGUCCGUGGAUCUCCAGUUCCCCGACUGGGCGAGAAAAGUUGUGGAGCUCUCAACUCUCAGCCUCUUCUCCGUGGUACGUAGUGGGAGGGUCACACUGAGAGGUGGGGUGUGGGUGAUGAACAGUGAGCUGCAGAUCCUGGCAGUGCUGGGGUCCGUGGAUCUCCAGUUCCCCGACUGGGCCCGGAAGGUCGUGGAGCUUUCCACUCUCAGCCUCUUCUCCGUGGAAAUUCUCGGCCCCGACUGCAAGGUGUCUUUCCCCUUCACGUCCCGCUGGGCGCUCACCAUGAUAGUCGCGGCCGUGGGUCUCGCAGCCUACGCGCUCCUCUUCGCCGUGCAAGGCACCCUCCGCCGCUUCUUCCCGCGCCCCACCCACUCCUCCCACUCGCACGGCCAAAUGGGAAAAGGGGAGAAGGGUGGGGAGGUUGGAGAAGACAAGCCGUCGGCGAAUCCGCCGGCCCCGCUGGAGGAUAUUUAUAUUCACGGGGCGGCCAACUGGCUGGACGUGUGCUACCUGCCCGUCACUGUGCGCUGCUUCCAGGCCUUUUCCAAGAGCACGUACGACGAGACAGUGAUGACCUUCUCCCCAACGGACCUGUGGAGCAGCAGUGCGCGCAUCACGCUGUUUGCGAUCGCCAUCGCCGUCACCAUCGUCUUUGUGGCGGGCGCGCCCAUCUACUACGCGCUCACCAUGCUCUACGGCAAGAAGCAGAAGCUGCUCGACACACGGGCGUUCCGCGCGCGAUGGGGGUGGAUGGUCACGCGAUACGAGUACCGCUAUUUCUACUGGCACCUCAUGCUGUUCGCGAGGAGGAUUCUGGUUGCAGCUCUCUUUGUGUUCCUCAUUGACUCGCCCCCGGUUCAGAUGACUGUUCUCUUCCCCGUGCAAGUCAUUCUCAUCGGCCUCCAGCUCGCCGCCUCCCCAUUCGUCGCAUCCACCCACGACGCAUUCGCAGCGAUCCUAAUCGUCGCCGAAAUGAUCUUCAUCAUCGCCACCAUGGGGUACAACUUCGUGCAGCUCGAAACGCUCCCUAAGAUCGGUUUCGCGCUGGUCAUCGUCGCCUUCUGCGUCCCCACCCUCCUCGUCUUCUCCUACGAAUCAGCCAAUCAUCUCCUAGUCUGGAAAGUACACGGCGCAGCAAAGAGCCUCUGGGCUCUGGACGACGAGGGGGAGGGUGGGGAUGGAGCAGAGGGAGCAGGAGGGAAGCCAGGAGCAGGGGCGGCUAGCAACAAGCCGAAGCAUGUGAGGGAGGGGGCGGUAGAGGUGUCGCCUAGUGAUGUGCUGGACUGGUUCCGCCCGCACAUUGCAGCUAUCAUCCUGCUCCCGGGCCGCGAGGAAGAGCGCAGGCUGCUUAUGAAGGUUCGCCGAGCGUACGAGGCCUGCUGCUACCCCCUCAUCUCCGCCGCUUCUGCCGCUGCAACCGAUGCCCCUGCUGCUGCUGCUGCUGCUGCUGGUGCUGCCUCCUCCUCUUCCUCCCCAUCCACUGCCCUGGUUCCCGCACCGGAAUUCGGAGACACAGCGUGGAUCAAGGACCUAAACAAGUCUCAGCGCUUUGCCGCUCUGCAUCAGGUUGUGCUGGGCGCGGCCGUAGGGAGGCGCCCUGUUGCCCGCGUACCCUUUGAUGCCCGCGAUGUGCCGGCUAUCUGGACUACGUCUGGCGGGGUUGUUAUUGCUGGUAUGGGUGCUGUUCCCACCACUGGUGGUGCCGGUGGCGGUGGGGUGGGAGGGCAGGAGAGCGAUGGGAGGGAUAUUGCUGCUGGGGGAGGGCUGAGUUCGCGGUAUGGGUAUGGCAGCACGAGCUUUUAUGGGGGUACGGGCGGCGGGCCGGGCGGCGCAAGCACCCGCGUGCAUGACAUCCUGGCGAACUCGCGGUUCAUCAGCAAGGCGAUGCGGGAAAACGCCAAAACAGACCGCCCGGCGCUGGUGCGCUCGAAUAAUAUCUCGAUCAAGAAUCUCCGGCCGCCCAAGCCACCCCAGCCGCUGCCUCAGGACCUGUGGCCGCCGCCCCUGGAGGAGUGCGCCACGUGGGCGCACGUGAUUGGCCGGCAGCAGGCGGCUCAGAUGGAGCGAGACGCUGCAGUGGCAGAGGGGAGGGAGGAGGAGGAAGAGGAGGAAGACGAGGGAGCCAAGGAAGAAAUGGCCGGGGCCCCUGCUGGGUACGCAAACGGCGGGUCUGAGAAACUGAACGGCGCUGCUGGCGGUGCUGCUGGUGGCGCUGCGAAUGGAGGGGAGGCGAACGGAGAGGGCGAGGAGGAUGAGGAGGACGAGGAGGAGGAAGAGGAGGAGGAGGAAGGGGAGUAUCUGGAGGCGUGGUUAGAUAGUAUGGGUAUCUCGCUGGCGUUCCAGCAGAGCUUCUCCCAGCUGACUCUGGUGGAGAAGAAGAGGAAGCCCCAGUCGCUGCGCCGUUUGUUGACAUCUGUGAAGCUUCCAGACAUCCUCGGCUGGCUCUCGUCCCCCCUGUGCACCACUGCCGACCGAGCCCUGUUUGUUCGUCUGCUAGCGGCUGUGGGGGCGGCGACAGUGGAGGAUGCGGGCGGCCCGCGUUGGAGCAAGUGUCUCGUGGUGGCGUUUCAGGGCAAGGCCAACACCACACGCAAAGUGGCAGCAGCAAGCAAGGACUAUCUAGCAGAGGCAUCGGAGCACACGCUGGCAGAGGCAUCACAGGAGGACUCACCAUAUGGCUACGGUGUCUGA